UAGAAUCAAUCUCCUUUGCAUUAUCUCUUUUAUUUUUAUUUGUUUUAGAAUAAACUAUUUUAUGCGCUCAAUUAGUAAUCACUGAAGCAUAUUUUUUUGUGUGCGGAACUACUCUCAAUUGUUGGCGUAUGUUAAUUAAAAACUAUUUUCAAUGCACAUGAAUAUUGAAUAGCCGCAUAAUUUUCAAACAUAAUGCAGUGUUUACGGAAAUAUUAUUUUUUGAUGGUCUUGCUGCUUUUCCUUAAAUUGUCGAAACAGGGCAACCUCUUUGUCAGCAUCAAAUCGUAUCGCGACGAACUGCGGGGGAAUGCAAUCAAAUUUGACAACUUAAGUUUAAUUAAUGGCACCAUAAAAGGUUGCUUUUUGUUCGCCCAGAAAAUGGAAAAAUUCCGUUUCGGUGUAAUGGCCAAGGCCCAACAGGGCGUGGCUAAACCCUGGCUAUUGUUCAAUGUUACAUUAUCGGGCUGUAACCUAUUGGGAAGUGGCAAGAAACCACCCAUACUUAUUGUCGAUAUGGUUCUGAAGGCCAUUAAGCAGACAAAUCCACGCAUGCCGGAUCGUUGUCCCAUCAAAAAGAAUUUCUAUUAUUGUUUUGAUAAAAUCAAUUUGGGAGCAACACAAUUCUACAGGAAUUUCCCCCAAAUGAAGGCCAUGGUGGUAACGGUAUUUAUGUAUAAAAAUAUGCCCAUUUAUACUGGGUACACGGAUGUGGAUAUUGCCAAAAGGGAGGGGAAAUAG